UCAAUAAAAAGCAGAACUUCCUUGGGUACGGUUUUCCUUUUCUUGAAAACUCUGGGUGACUGUUUCCGUCUUGCACGUUACAAUACUGUACGGAGAAAACAUGCCUUUUAUCGAUGUGGAGACCAACCUUCCUGCCAGUCAGUUUCCCGACGAGGUUGUGAAAAAGCUUUGCUCUACAGCGGCUUCAAUAUUAGGAAAACCCGAGGACAGAGUUAACGUGACGGUGAAGGCGGGGUUGCCGAUGCUGAUGUCAGGGUCCAUGGCUCCCUGUGUCCAGCUGGUCAUUUCUUCCAUCGGAGUGGUCGGGACCGCGGAGCAGAACAAGGAACACAGCGCCAAGCUCUUCCAGUUUCUCACCAAGGAGCUGGGGCUGAGUGAAGACAGGAUUCUUCUCCGUUUCUAUCCUCUGGAGGCCUGGCAGAUUGGGAAGAAAGGGACUGUCAUGACCUUCCUCUAGACGCUCAUUUAUAUUGAGAAAACAACAUUUAUUACACAGCACCGAAAUGUAGAGAACAACACGAUCUGGGUACUUUCAAUCACGUUACAGAAUCUGUGCCUUACAUGUGUUUAAUAAUAAAAUACUGACACCUACGCUGAGAUCCUGACCUUGGGAAAUUCAUUUGACGGCACUGUGCUGCAGGGCACCCGAUCUGUGCAAUUGGCUGCCAGCAGGAGCCUGAGUCUGUAUUAAAAUGCAGGUGUGCACCACAUUGCUGAUGGAAGUGAUGGCUUUGAUUUGUGGCUUUAAUGUGAAUUGUAUUCAAUCAGAGCAAGAUAAUGAUAAUGUCAUUUGGUGUUGUAGUUUAAACAGUUGUAUUUUCAUAACCCAAACCUGUAUGAUCGCUGUAGUGAAAUCAUGGUACUGUGUCUCACUAUAAACCUUAAGACAUGAAAA